AUGUAUUUCAUUACACCGCCGGAGCGCUUAACAUUGUUUUUAAUGUUAGUGAACUUCGGAAGGGUCGAGUGCUUUGAAAAGCACACGAAUACGAAGGAACCUUUAAAAUCGAGUAGAAACUACUCGAAUAAUACGCGGGACCCCAAAUUUUUUUGGGGCCUUGGUUUCGGGAUAGGUCUCGUGCGAUUUGAGAACAGCGUCUGCACUAGUGCCGGAAACCAAGACGGCACGUGUUACACCAGACGACAGUGCGCCGCAAUUGAUGGCAUCGCGUCUGGAACAUGUGCCAACGACAUCGGAGUAUGCUGCGUUAUUCAAAGGACAUGUGGCGACAUUUCAUCGUACAACAACACCUACUUUACAAACACCGAUUAUCCGUCCCCGGACACUGCGACCACCACUUGCACCAUGACGAUUCAACCUUGCAGCACAGAUUUUUGUCAGGCCCGCAUUGACUUUUUGGCCCUGUCGUUGGCUCAGCCAGAUCCUACGGGAGUUUGUACGACGGACGCUCUCAUAGUCAGCGGAGCUGCCGGUCCCGUACCAAUAAUUUGCGGUGAAAAUACCGGACAACACAUUUACGUCGACUUCAAUGGAAACAACAGCGUACAAUUAACGAUCACCACAAACGGCGCUAUCGCGUUCAACAGGCUCUGGGCAUUCAGGGUUAUUCAAAUCGCAUGCGCCUGUCCGACCAGAGCUCCAGUCGGUUGCUUAAUGUACUAUACCACGGAGUCGGGGACUGUGAACAGUUUUAACUAUGGUACCACUACGAAUGUCAUCGAUCCAAACACUGGAGUUGCCGGGACACGGGAGUUGAUACUCGAAAACUACGGUAUAUGCAUCGCCAUGUUACCCGGAUAUUGCGGCAUACAGUGGAGUUCCAAUAACUUCAUGGUGUCUGGCAACGCCAACAACGUGGGCAUUGGUGCCUUAACAGACGGAGAUUGCAAUAGCGAUUUCGUAGUAAUUCCCAACCCUUACUACGUCAAUGGCACAGCCGUCAACUCCGACCGCUUCUGUGGACUCGCGUUUGAUGAUGUCGUUAGUUAUACCAAACCGUUUGCUCUAUACGUCGUUACUAACGGCGACGAAGUUAACGACACCAUGAACAUCGGAUUCUCGCUGUCGUUUAUGCAAGUGGCUUGCACAAACUCCCUGGUCAACAACAUAUUCGGAUGAAGGACGUUUAAUGCCACGUCACAUGUAAAACCUGUGGGAAUAAAAAA